UCAUAUGCAUUUAUCUUCACUCUGAUGAGGGCUCAGACGUGAUAACACUCCUGGUUCCCUCUCCCCGUAGGAGCUGGCGUGAGUGCUGCUCGCUGCCUUCCCUCCAUUAGCCACAGCUAUUGGAUUUCCCACCCAGAAUCUUUAGGUAAAUGAGAUCAUGAUUCUGGAAGGAAGUGGUGUAAUGAAUCUCAACCCCAGCAACAACCUCCUCCACCAGCAGCCGGCCUGGACAGACAGCUACACCACGUGCAAUGUUUCCAGUGGGUUUUUUGGAGGCCAGUGGCAUGAAAUCCAUCCUCAGUACUGGACCAAGUACCAGGUGUGGGAGUGGCUCCAGCACCUCCUGGACACCAACCAGCUGGACGCCAGUUGCAUCCCUUUCCAGGAGUUUGACAUCAACGGCGAGCACCUCUGCAGCAUGAGUCUGCAGGAGUUCACCCGGGCGGCAGGGACGGCGGGGCAGCUCCUCUACAGCAACUUGCAGCAUCUCAAGUGGAACGGCCAGUGCAGCAGUGAUCUGUUCCAGUCCACGCACAAUGUCAUUGUCAAGACAGAACAAACUGACCCUUCCCUCAUGAACACCUGGAAAGAAGAAAACUAUUUAUAUGACACCAACUAUGGUAGCACAGUAGAUCUGUUGGACAGCAAAACUUUUUGCCGGGCCCAGAUCUCCAUGACAACCACGGGUCACCUUCCUGUUGAGUCACCUGAUGUGAAAAAGGAACAAGACCACCCCACAAAGUCCCACACCAAAAAGCACAAUCCCCGCGGGACCCACUUAUGGGAGUUCAUCCGCGACAUCCUGCUGAACCCAGACAAGAAUCCGGGGUUAAUCAAGUGGGAAGACCGGUCUGAGGGCGUCUUCAGGUUCUUGAAAUCGGAGGCUGUGGCUCAGCUGUGGGGGAAAAAGAAAAACAACAGCAGCAUGACCUACGAAAAACUCAGCCGAGCGAUGAGAUAUUACUACAAAAGAGAAAUUCUGGAACGCGUGGACGGGCGAAGACUGGUAUAUAAAUUUGGCAAGAAUGCACGUGGAUGGAGGGAAAACGAAAACUGAAGCCACUGACGCCUUGAACACAAACCUGAACACGCCAUGUGAUAACCGCUCGAGAGCUCCCCGGACGUAAAUAUUUCCAAGACUGCUUUUCUCUGAUAUUUAUGUACCAUGAGGGGACAAAAAAAUACAUCGACUUCUAACAGGAAGAAGGAACAUUACAGUUGAUAAAAUUAUUUUGUUACUUUGAAGUAUGUCCUAUAUGGGGAACAAAUGUACACAGUUUUCUGUGAAAUAUGACGCUGUAAGUAGUUGUGAUUUGUUUUUGCCUCUAUUGUGAAGUUCUUUUCGGCGGCAAGAAGAACAGAGUUUGUAGUCUUGUGCUUCUUGCUAAAAGAAAGGAAAAAAAAAUCAGAGGGCAUUAAAUGUUUUUAUAUGCAGAGUGAUUUAGGAAAAGAUGAUGUGUCCUCCGCUGGAUCGUAAGCAUCCACGUGGUCUCGUCAGGAGAAGUGGGCGUGGUCGCUGGGAAGAACUCCAGGGUCCCAGAUUGAUGGGAUGAGCCUGAAGGAUGCUGGCAAGUUUAACCUGACCUUCAAGAGCCAGUGAGUGGAGAAUGAGGACUUCCAGAAUCCACGGUGGACUGUAAUCACUGCAUAACCACAGGACUUUCAUGUUUAAAUCAGCAAGAAGAAUAAUGGUGGAGGGGACUUUCUACACUCAUUCAGGAAAGAUUUACUUGGUGCCAAGGCUGUCUUCCCUUCUCCCCCUUGGAUGAUUGGUGAAAAACUUCAGUUACCACCUCUGCUCUCUUUUAAUUAUUUAAGAGAAGGUCCAGCCUCGGUUAUUUUCAUCCCAAUUGCUUACAAUAAGUGGGAGAAAGGGGGUAGUUUGUUCUUGUACUCCCAUAGUCCAUGGUUUCUCAAUGGGCACAACUGACGUUUUGCGCUGCAUGGUUCUUUGUUGUGUAUUAUUUGGCUGUCCUGUGUGUUGUGGGAUGUUCAGUGGUGUCUAUGACCUCUGCCCACAAGAUGCCAAUAGCACUCCGGUCCCAGUAGUUGUGACAACCAAAAGUGUCUCCAGACAUUGCCAGAUGUUCCCCGAGGAGCAAAAUUGCCCUUAAUUGAGAACCACUGAUUUAGCCAGUCAAGAUGAAGAUGGUGAUUUAUUCUCAAAACAAUAAGAAAUGAAGAUAUUUUAGUCCCUAGAGUGGGGACAAAAAGCAAGACUUUAAAGUCAACCUGUUUCUAAUUUUUAAAAUGUUGGACAAUGGAUUGAAAAAUCUAGAGAGUCUUCUUUUCAGAACCCCAGAUGAGAGCCAGAGUUGGGUACAUUAAACAGGAGCUCACGCUAGAACACAUUUCACUGGGAUUACAAAACAGUGUAAAUGAUACUGCAGGAGGAAACACUGAGAGGGGAGAGAGAGAGAGGGGAAGAGAGAGAGAGAGAGAGAGAGACUGUGUGUGUGUGUGUGUGUGUGUGUGUGAGAGAGAGAGAGAGAGAAAGUGAAAGUUCCAGGGAAAGUCUUUGCAGAUGUUAAUUCUUACAAUCUUUCCUCUUUUGGAUAAUCUCUUUCUUGUCUCAUCUUAACUCAUUCCAGAGUGAAUCAUUUCUUGCCUAGCUUUGCAUCCAGAGGAAAUGUUUAAAAAAAAAAAAGGAAGAUAGGAAACAGAAA